CGCCACAUUCUCAACAUGCACGUCACAUCUUGUAAUCGCACAUAUGACCGCUGCCUAGGAGACUUUUACAUCCUCUUUAAUCCUUGGUGUGCUGAUGACCCAGUAUAUAUGUACAAUGAAGCCCACAGAAAAGAAUAUGUCCUGAAUGAACAAGGAAUGCUGUACCAGGGAGUUCACAAGUACAUUACUUCUAGACCAUGGCACUUUGGACAGUUUGAAGAUGGCAUUUUGGAUAUCUGCCUGAAACUCCUGGAUAUGGGUGCAAAUUACCAUCAUGACUCUAACCGAGAAAGUAAUUGGCGCAAUGAUCCUGUGCAUGUCAGCAUGGUGGUAAACCACAUGAUCUGUGGCCAUAGCAGCAACAGCAUCAUGAAGCUCCCACAGAACAAUGAUUACUUGCAGGGGGCUAAACCACUGUCAUGGAAUGGAAGUGUUCCCAUCCUUCAGCAAUGGUAUAAAGGCAGAUGCAGACCAGUCAGAUAUGGAGACUCUGCAUCUCUUGCGUCAGUAAUGUGCACAGUGAUGAGAUGUUUGGGAAUCCCAAGCCGUGUUGUCACAAACUUCUAUUCUCCUCAACGUGCUGAGAACGCCCUUGUUGUCAAUGAACUUUUUGAUUGUACUGGCAAAACACUGCGUGGCAAAGACAGUCUUUGGAGCUACCACUGCUGGAAUGAAUCUUGGAUGGCCCGCAGAGAUCUAAAUCAAUGUUGUGGUGAUUGGCAGUGUCUGGAUCCAACACCCCUGGAGACUGGUAGAGGUUCAAUAUGCUGUGGUCCUACUUGGGUCAGAAGCAUCAAAGAUGGAGAUCUGGACUUGGACUAUGACGGCCAUCAUAUGUUCUCUCGGCUGAAUGCAAGCUGUGUUGGCUGGCUUUCCCAAGGCUCUGUCUCAAAGACAAAACUACACUAUGACACAUGGCCUUGUGGGCAAUACAUCAGCACCAAGUGCAUUGGUAGUGACCUACGGGAGGAUAUCACCAGAGCUUACAAGUAUGAAUUAGGUUCUCUGAAAGACAAAGAAGCAUUUUACAGAGCUUAUAGAAAAAUUCAUUCUGGAUACUGUAAUGCUCCCAAUUCAGAUAUAGACAGAGAGUUAGCAUCUCUCCGAAGCCCAUUCCUGAGUGAUGCUGGUAUUGCUAUGAGGCUUAAGAUGGCUAAUUGCCCUGUAUAUGGCCAAGAUGUCUGUCUGCAAUGGGUGCUUGAAAACUUACGAAAGGAGCCCAAGAACCUGAAUUUCAACUUGUGUGCUCAAGUGAUGACAUGCAAUGGAUGUCCAUUGGAUCAGUUCUGGAAGGACAAUAUGAAUGUCAUUCUGGGUCCAAGGGAAGAGGUGACAAGCUCUUUCCAUAUACGAUAUGAAUAA